GCAGCUUUUAACAACUCAGGCGGCCGCUCCUCCGCUUUCCUCUUCUCUCAAGUAAACGGCCGGAGCAAUGAACGGUGAGAACCGGCGGCGGGACGGCUGGGACUACGGCCGGACGCAGAAGAAGCAGAAGCUACUCCGCACCGCCGAGGAAGAGCUCGAGGCGAAGCUAGGGUUCGAUCUCUUCACCGAGGGCGACAAGCGCCUCGGAUGGUUACUCACUUUUGCUGCCUCAUCAGUAGAGGAUCAGGAGACAGGGAAAUCAUAUAGCUGUGUCGAUCUUUACUUCGUGACUCAGGAUGGUUCCUCUUUCAAGGCGAAGAAAAAGUUCCGUCCCUAUUUCUAUGCAGCCACAAAGGGAAAUAUGGACAUGGAUGUAGAGGCCUACUUGCGAAGACGCUAUGAAAGUCAAAUUGCAGAUAUCGAGAUCAUGGAGAAAGAGGACCUGGAUCUUAAAAACCACUUAUCUGGCUUGCGGAAAUCAUACUUAAAGAUUUCAUUUUCUACUGUUCAACAACUGAUGGAUGUAAAGAGAGACUUACUGCAAGUUGUUGAAAGGAACCGGGAAAAGUUUGAUGCCGCAGAAGCAUAUGAGUCGAUAUUGGCAGGGAAAAGAGAACAACGGCAUCAAGAUUUUAUAGAUUGUAUUAUUGAUCUUAGGGAGUAUGAUGUUCCUUACCACGUCCGCUUUGCCAUUGAUGAGGAUAUUCGAAGUGGUCAAUGGUAUGAUGUAAGCGUAUCCAGCAAUGGUGUUAUGCUUGAGAAGAGAAGUGAUCUUCUGCAACGAGCUGAGGUUCAUGUUUGCGCCUUUGAUAUUGAAACCACCAAGUUACCAUUAAAAUUUCCGGAUGCAGAGUAUGAUUCAGUUAUGAUGAUAUCAUACAUGAUCGACGGACAAGGAUACUUGAUAAUUAACAGAGAGUGUGUGGGGGAAGAUAUUGAGGAUAUAGAGUAUACUCCAAAGCCAGAAUUUGAAGGUUAUUUCAAAGUGACAAAUGUUCAAAAUGAGUUAGAACUUCUAAGACUCUGGUUUGCUCACAUGCGAGAGGUCAAACCUGGUAUAUAUGUUACAUACAAUGGUGACUUCUUUGACUGGCCAUUCCUUGAAAGCAGAGCAGCUCAUUAUGGAUUCAAGAUGAGCGAUGAAGUUGGAUUCUCGUGUGACAAGAAUCAAGGGGAAUGCCGUGCUAAAUUUGCUUGUCAUUUGGACUGUUUUGCUUGGGUCAAGCGUGAUAGUUAUCUGCCUCAGGGUAGCCAGGGCCUUAAGGCUGUUACAAAAGCAAAGUUAGGUUAUGAUCCACUGGAGGUCAAUCCUGAAGAUAUGGUGCGCUUUGCAAAAGAAAAACCUCAGAUGAUGGCCUCAUAUUCAGUUUCUGAUGCCGUUUCAACGUACUAUUUGUACAUGACCUACGUGCAUCCAUUCAUUUUCUCUCUAGCAACUAUAAUUCCUAUGUCACCUGAUGAGGUUUUGCGUAAAGGUAGUGGCACUCUUUGUGAAAUGCUUCUUAUGGUGCAGGCAUUCAUGGCAAAUGUUAUUUGCCCUAACAAGCACCAAUCUGAUCCAGAAAAGUUCUAUAAGAAUCACCUUCUCGAGAGUGAGACCUACAUAGGCGGUCACGUUGAAUGCCUUGAAAGCGGUGUUUUCAGGUCGGAUAUCCCUACCAGUUUCAAACUUGAUCCAUCUGCAUAUGAGCAACUCAUCCAAAACCUUGAUAGAGAUCUACAAUAUGCUAUCAGAGUAGAGGGUAAGAUGGACCUGAACACUGUCUCAAACUACGACGAAGUAAAGAGUGCUAUCAUGCAAAAGCUUUUGAGCCUGAGAGACGAACCCGUACGUGAAGAGUGCCCUCUCAUUUACCAUCUUGAUGUGGCUGCCAUGUACCCAAACAUCAUCCUAACAAACCGACUACAGCCUCCAUCUAUAGUUACAGAUGAGAUUUGCACCGCAUGUGAUUUCAACCGCCCUGACAAAACCUGUCUUCGGAAGCUUGACUGGGUUUGGCGUGGAGAAACUUUUACAGCCAAAAGGAGUGACUACUAUCAUUUGAAGAAGCAAAUUGAAUCCGAGUUUGUUGAUGGGAAUAAUGGACAGCCAGCAAAAUCUUUUAUUGCACUGCCAAAAGUAGAGCAACAAACAAAACUCAAGGAGCGUCUAAAGAAAUACUGCCAGAAGGCAUACAAAAGGGUACUUGACAAACCUGUGACUGAACUUCGAGAAGCAGGCAUCUGCAUGCGGGAGAAUCCAUUCUAUGUUGACACUGUUCGCAGGUGUUUAGCUGGCAUGCAUUUGGGUUCGCUGCAUAAUGCAACAUUGAUACUUCUGUUACUGAAUGUUCUUCAAUCUGCUUGUUCCAGCUUUCGUGAUAGAAGAUAUGAAUACAAAGGACUUAAUAAGGUUUGGAAGGGCAAGUUGGCUGAAGCCAAAGCCAGUGGGAAUUCUAUAAAAAUCCAGGAGGCACAGGACAUGGUAGUGGUUUAUGAUUCCUUGCAACUAGCUCAUAAGUGCAUCCUUAACUCGUUCUAUGGAUAUGUCAUGCGCAAGGGUGCACGAUGGUACUCAAUGGAAAUGGCUGGUGUAGUUACAUAUACAGGAGCAAAGAUAAUCCAGAAUGCUCGUUUGCUUGUGGAUAAGAUUGGUAAACCGCUUGAAUUAGACACUGACGGUAUAUGGUGUUGCCUGCCUGGGUCAUUUCCAGAGAACUUUACUUUUAAGACCACGGACUUGAAGAAAAAACUGACAAUCUCAUAUCCUUGUGUUAUGCUGAAUGUUGAUGUGGCAAGAAACAAUACAAAUGAUCAAUACCAGACACUCAUGGAUCCUGUCAAUAAAACGUAUGCCACUCACAGUGAAUGCUCCAUUGAAUUUGAAGUGGAUGGCCCCUAUAAGGCUAUGAUUCUUCCUGCUUCAAAAGAAGAAGGAAUUCUAAUUAAGAAGAGAUAUGCUGUUUUCAAUGAUGAUGGAACUUUGGCAGAGCUUAAAGGGUUUGAAAUCAAACGUCGAGGCGAGCUCAAGCUCAUCAAAGUGUUCCAGGCCGAGCUUUUUGACAAGUUCCUUGAUGGAUCAACAAUGGAGGAAUGCUAUUCUGCUGUAGCUGCUGUUGCAAACCGCUGGCUUGAUCUACUUGAUAAUCAAGGGAAGGAUAUUGCUGACACUGAGCUGCUUGAUUACAUCUCUGAAUCUAGUACAAUGAGCAAGUCUUUGGCAGACUAUGGUGAACAGAAGUCAUGUGCAGUAACUACUGCAAAGCGUCUUGCAGAUUUUCUAGGUGGUACAAUGGUUAAAGAUAAAGGGUUGCGUUGCCAGUAUAUCGUUGCUUGUGAACCUAAGGGUACGCCAGUGAGUGAACGAGCAGUUCCUGUUGCAAUCUUUGAGACUGAUACUGAAAUUAUGAAAUUUUAUCUACGGAAAUGGUGCAAGACUCCAUCAGAGGUUGGCAUUCGAUCCAUUAUUGACUGGGAAUAUUACAAGCAACGGCUUGGUUCAGCAAUUCAAAAGAUCAUUACGAUACCUGCUGCCAUGCAGAAGGUUGCAAACCCGGUACCUAGGGUAGUUCAUCCUGAUUGGCUGCAUAGAAAGGUUCGUGAAAAGGAAGACAAAUUUCGUCAAAGGAAAUUAGUUGAUGUCUUCAAGCCAAUAAACAAAAGUGAGUUAUUUGGCAAGAAUACCAAUGAUGUCAUCACCAGCAAUGAAAUCAGUGAGAAGAAUGUGGGUGAUUUGGAGGACUUCCAGGAAAAAAGCAGUUCUUUGAAUGGACCUAGACCAAUUGUUCGUUGUUAUAAAGCUCUAAAUGCUGAUCAUAACGAAAACACAAAUGACCAGUCUGCACCUGCAAUGCAAAAUGAUCUUCCUCCGGAUAAUAUUGACAGAAAUGUUGACUAUCAAGGAUGGCUUGAGUUAAAGAAGAGGAAGUGGAAGGAGGGGAUACAAAAGAGGAAGAAACAGAGGGUUGGCCAUUCAAGAAGCUCGCAUCAGCUUAAUGGUGCUUCCCAACUGCAAAGUGGUCUGGGAAAACAGAAAGAGGCUCAUCGCAGGACUGGUGUUGGUUCAUACUUUAGAACACAUGAAGUAGCUUUAACACGAUGCCAUUGGCAGAUUAUACAACUGCUACCUGGUUCUCGCAGUGGACAAUUUUAUGCUUGGGUUGUCGUUGAUGGAAUCAUGCUCAAGAUUCCUAUAACUGUUCCAAGGGUCUUCUAUCUCAACUCCAAAGCACCAGCGACUGAGAAGUUUCCUGGAAAGCGUGUUAACAAGACUCUUCCACAUGGGAAGCAUAGCUAUAAUUUGGUUGAGGUUAUUGUUGAUGAAGAGAGAUUCAAGAAAGAAAGCAGGAACCUGGCAGCUCUUCUUGCUGAUCCAGAAUUUGAGGGGAUAUAUGAGACACAUGUCCCUCUGGAGUUCAAUGCUGUAGUCCAACUUGGAUGUGUUUGCAAAGUGGAUAAAUCUACUGCCAAAAGAACUGCCCAGGAUGGUUGGAGACUCAGUGAGUUGCAUAUGAAGAAUACCACGGAGUGUGCUUAUUUGGAAGAGUCUAUCUCUUUUUUCUACCUCUACCAAAGCAUUUCAGAAGGGCGUGCUACAUAUGUUCUUUAUAUGCCUGCACUGCGGGUCAUAAACCUUGUGGUUGUAAACCCUUAUCAAAAUAAGGACAUAUCCCCAGCUUUUAUUGAGAGACAAUUUCGUGAAGCUUGCCAUCAAUUAUCUAUUGAGCCUCCAGCUUCCAGGAAUGAUAUUGUUUUCAAGGUGGACUACGUGGGAAUUGUCAAGGAUGCAGAAAUACUUUUGCAAGGAAAAAUUAAUGAACUCAGAGAUAAAUAUCAUGGACCUACCGUUGCUGUGAUAGAAUGCCCAAGUUCUAAUUUGAUGAAAUCAGCUGUACCAGCUCUUGAUAAUUUCCCAUGUGUCAACGUACCUUACAACGCCCAUGAUAGUCAGUAUCAGGUUCUUGGGUGGCAAAAUGUGGCUGCGAAAUUGGGAAUGCAACGCUGUGCUGCAUCAUCCCAGUGGUUGAAUGGGAGAAUUUCUCUCUCAAGAUAUGCUCAUGUGCCAUUAGGGAACUUUGAAGUUGACUGGAUUUUAUUCACUGCAGACAUUUUCUUCUCAAGGGCAUUAAGGGAUCAACAACAGGUGCUUUGGAUUUCAAAUGAUGGAUUUCCAGAUUUAGGAGGCAUCAAACAGGAACAUAGUUGCUUUGCUGAUGAGGUUCAUCAACCUGUUCUUGUAUACCCUGGAGCUUAUAGAAAAGUUUCCGUGGAGUUAAAGAUUCAAAACCUUGCUGUGAAUGCCCUUCUGAAAAGUAACCAAGUGAAUGAAAUUGAAGGAGGUGCCUUGUUAGGGUUUGAGCAGGAAUCAACUUCUGGGGCAGAGCAGUAUGGUGUGGAUGAGGCCGUUCUUUCUGCCCCUGCAUUACGUGUCUUGAAACAGCUGGUCCAGAGGUGCCUUGCAGACGCAGUCACAUCUGGGAACGUGUUUGCUGAUGCAUUGUUGCAACAUUUGUAUCGCUGGCUUUGCAGCCCCCAGUCGAAGCUUCAUGACCCAGCACUACAUCACAUACUUUACAGGGUCAUGCAAAAGGUGUUUGCCCUGCUGUUGGCUGAAUUUCGCAAAUUGGGUGCCACGAUCAUAUUCGCAAAUUUUUCUAAGAUUAUCAUUGAUACCGGUAAAUUGAGCAUCUCUACAGCAAAAGCAUACUGUGAUAGCUUGCUCAAAACAUUGCAAACGAGGGAACUGUUUGAAUGGAUUGAGCUUGAGCCGCUGCAGUAUUGGCAUACUUUACUUUUUAUGGAUCAGUAUAAUUAUGGGGGAAUUCCUGCAAAAGCUGAUGGUCUUUCAGAAAAUGACUCACAAGACGAUCAUUCCCAACGAGAAGAAUCUCAAGUGGACAUUGUGUCAAGCUGGAACGUUGCUGACUACUUGCCGAAGCAAAUUCAGGAUCAUUUUGUGUUGAUUGUCUCUGAGUUCAUGUUCAUUCCAUGGGAUUAUGCCCGAAAGAGAGCCGCAACAAGAGCAUCUCUGCAAGACUCCACUUCUAGCACUCCAUCAAUUAGCAUAGCAGCUGCUGAGUCUUUUGAAUCGCUGUUGGCCGAACACCUCAGAGACAAGCUUCUAGGAAUCGUUCGAGAUACUGUACUUCACAUGAAAGGGACAAACAAGUCUGAAAACGACAAUCAGUCGCCUCCACCUGGUGUUAUGGGCAGGACCCACAUUGGGGAUCCUGCCCUGGAAUUCAUCAAGCAUGUCUGCGCCGUUCUGGCGCUUGACCAGAAUGUUCAGCAUGAGAUUCUGGUGAUGAGAAAGAACCUACUCAAAUAUGUACGGGUGCGGGAGUUUGCCCCUGAAGCAGAGUUUCAUGAUCCACACUCUUCUUUCGUUUUACCUAACGUAAUUUGCAGCUACUGCAACGAUUGCAGAGACCUGGACCUGUGCCAGGACUCAGCUCUACAAUCUCAAGAAUGGCGAUGCCCCAUGCCGCAGUGUGGGCAGCCUUACGACCGAGAAGCGAUGGAGAAUGCCCUUCUCCAAAUCGUGCGGCAGAGAGAGCGUCUAUACCAUUUGCAGGACCUUUUGUGCCUGAGGUGCAACCGGGUGAAAGCUGCACAUUUAGCGGAACAAUGCGGGUGUGCUGGAUCAUACAGGUGCAAGGAGGAUCCAGCCGAGUUUCGAAGCAAAAUGCAGAUAUUAUUCAACGUCGCUCGCCAUCAGAAGUUUCAACUCCUCGAAGAGUGCACCUCAUGGAUAUUGGAUGGAUUCAGUAGCUAGCUUCUGUCCACUUGUACUGGUCACCAGAACCAAAACAAAACUGGUGCAUAUGUGAUUACAAAAGAUAUCCUCUGGGGAAUUACAUGUAAAUAUUGUAGCAUGCAUGUGUAGAAAAGAGAUGAAUUGUUUACAAAAGAAAUCAUGUAGUGAUGAGAGAUACAUUCGUUCUUUUGGUAAUGAUCUAGAGCCAGAUUCCACUCCUAAUACUCACUGUACCGGCUAAAUCAACUGCACAGGAUCGACAUCCUUUAUCGGAAUUCGAAUGAAGCUGAUUCAAAAAUGGAGAGUACUAACUCAUACUAGGACCCUUCGGCGCCCAAACAAAAAGCGGAACUCCCACAACAUGUUACCAGAGAAACCAUCUUUUCUUAUUAGGUGCUGGAGUUGGUUCGUCCUUUUUUAACUCAGGCGUUCUGCCUUCCAUCCCCUGCUUCAGUGCCUCCAGCCGUCUCCUGGUGUCACUCAUACGACCAUGCAAGCUCCAUCUUUGGCGAAAUCCUUCAAUGCCUUCAACUCCACUGGCAAGAAUCAGGCGCCUUUCAAAAGCUGUCGCUUCUGCUUCAAGUUGAGCAACACGAUCCUUUGCCUGAUCCAAGGGCAUUGAUAACCCCAAUUUGUGUUCACUGUCUUGAAGGCGUUGCCUUAGCAUCUUAUCCCGCUUUUCAGCACAUUCUCUGUACAAAGAAAGCUCGUCUUGACAGAAAGGUUCAAUGUCAUGGAUUUGCAAGCAUAGAAAUAGGUUCUUUAAGACUCCAUCGCAUAAUUCAACUCCUUCCACCACAUGAGAGGCAAUUUCUUUCGGGAUGAUAGGAGAUGGUGGCCCCAACAUUAGGUCUUCUCCGACCAAUAUGGUUUCCUCCAUGGUUGGCUGCGCAUCAACAUCCAUGGCUGCUGUUCAAGUGAACUCCCUUUAUUUCAGUGUAGCAGGACCUACCGAAAUGAUCACAGGUCGCCGUCUGCCCCUCGCUUCUGUCUUUCUUCAAACAAUAGUAUAAAAGGAACAAUCUUUGCUUCCAAAAUGCUGGAAGAAGAGAGGGAGAGAGGACCCUUUUUGAAUGAAUGGCGUUUAGCAAUAAGCCGUCGAGAGAAGUCUCUGCAGAAGUGCCCCCUAAUGAAAUUAGCUUAAGCGCGCUACAGUCAAUUAUGGGAGGCGUGUGGGACGGCGCAACAAGGUGGGCUGGAAGUGGAAAGAUCGAAAGUGGAGCCUGGGCGGCAACGGCGGCGGCGGCGGCGGAGCAAGGGAGAGAAGGGUGGUAGUAGAGGCGACGGCACAGGGGAAGCUGGAUGGAGAGUGGAAGUUUGAGGGAGAAGAGAACCGGAAGAGAGAGAAA